AUGACCACCACUCCAUCUUCACGCAACUACUCAUCCAUCCCACCGCUGGAAUCAAUUGAGUCCCACCAACCUCGGCACAAUGAAGAUGUUCUGGACACGACGAUGGUGGUAACUAAUGGGACGGCUACUACUCCGUCGGAUAUCGAGAGUUCACGCUCGUGGACUGAAAGCGCAACAUCGCCGACUGGACUCACGGACGCGUUGGAAUCUCUGAAGAUUCAGGAUGAACGCGAAGACGAAAACGAGUCAGACGAGUCGAAUACGGAUUUCCAGGACGACGUCGACUACGGUGAUUCUGAUGGGGAAGGCGACGAGACGGCUGAGACAACCGACGACGAUUCUGAUGACAAUAAGACAAGCCACGCUGGAUAUCCCAAAAAAUGGUACCAGAAAAACGACAAGGAUGCGAUGGAAAUUGUCCACAAACUGAAAUUUGCGAAAAAAGAAAGGAAGAGUAAAACAAUUGGAAAUCUUGUGGAAUUCAACAAUGUGUGGUACGAAUACCGUGAAUUCCGAACAAUUGCCGGAAAGUCAUACGAUACAGAGUUCUGUUUCGAUAAAUGGCCCCAGAUGAAGUCGUACACAGUACAAGCAAUUGGCCAUGUGAAACAGAUCUUCUGGAUGUUGGUGAUCGACAAGAGUUGCGAGGAACGCAGCUACGUCAUCAAAAUGCCGAAAAAAGACAGUUUUGAGCACUUUUUAGGUAAUUAA